AUGAAUCCCUUUAACAUCACUAAGCUUCGGGUCCUAUAUUCACCAUUCUUGCCUCAUGUCAACUACCGAUGCCCAAAGUAUCUUCGUAUCAAACCGAACGUCAAAUGCCCAUACUUGGGGUUCUCUGUGGAUGUAAGUUUUGGUUUGAGAAAGGCGAAUAGGCAAACGAUGACAAGUUAUCAUUUAGCGAGCGGUGCUGCCUCGGAAAGUCGUUGAUUCUUAGGUUUACGAAUUUUAAGGAAUGUAGGCAGAAAUAAAAGAAAAUGUCUUUUGUCUAGCCGCCCCUCCUUAUUUCGCAUUCCGACUUUUCGGGUCGACGACAGUUGGGGUCAACGCAAAAUCGAUCGAUACUGGGUUUAGGGCAGGUGGGAACCCAACAAAGGUUGCAAGAAGUGUCCACGACGUUUGGCAAAGUUGUUGGCUGGCCGGCGGACGCUCGGCGGAGACUUGGCGAAGACUUCCAAUAAAUCCACUAUUUCUUAUUUUAGCUAUUGCCAAGGUUAGUUUUCUUUACCCUGAGUUAUUGUAACAUAUAACAGACCAAAAUUUGCGGCAGAAAAUGAAGAUCAUGUGAAACAUCUGCUAACUAAGCCUUUUCCUAGGCUCACCCAUGCAUACAACGACCAACCGACGCGAUUCAGAGUAACGUUGACCCGAACUGCCGCUCACCCGAAAACACGCAGCGCUUUGCCUGUAGACUGUGGAUUGACACUUUGCCAAAAAAAGACGCGAAAAAAAGUUUUGUCGGGGAAGAAAUGGGGAAUUUUUGGGGGAGAGAGUACGCUUUUGCGUGUCUUUUUUCUCUCUUUCUCUGCGAAAUCAAGACAAAGUGUAAAAACCGAUAGCGAAGAGUCUAUUCCGGUCACCGGACUCCUCAGUUUGACGUGCCCUGUUCUUUAUCAGCACAUCUCCAAACUCAAAAUUUCAGCUACUAAACAUCAUCGCGGCCCGACUGAACCUAACCAUCGUCCCAACCCUCGAUCACUCUAUCCCAGGAGAAACGGAUUACGGCGCUAACAUCAAUGGAAAGAUUGUCGGGAUUCUUGAAAAUGUCGUGAAUGGCACUGUGGAUACGAUAGCCAUGACUUAUACAAACGACCACAGGUUCAACUCACAUUUCGCAUUCUCAAGGCCCGUCUUUUUUGUGAGUUUCUGAGUAAAUCUCAUCAUUCUUGAAGCCGACACUACAUUUACUUUUUUAGGCUGCGGGCCGAGUUUUGGCAAUCCGCCAAAAGGAAGAUUUUUCUGGAUAUUUCUCAUUUUUCAAAUCAUACCAACAAACCGCCUGGAUUGGAAUAGCCGUCUCGCUAAUUGUGCAAUGCCUUUUUAGCGUUUUUGUUGCAUCCGCAGAGACAAAACUUCGUAAAGUAGGGCAAUUUAUGGGAAUUUGAAUCUUUUCGUCGGCUAAUUGGUCAAAAUCUCGAAAUUUUUAGAAAAAUCCAACCCACUGGUCGGAAGUUGUUUGGCGAAUGACCAGAUUACAAUUGCUACAGCCUCAAACUUGUCAAUCCACACUGGUUUCGGGUAACAAAUGGGUUAUUUUGCCCGAUGCCAUCAAUUUUUUGGCUUCUGCACUGUGACGAAGAUGGACGAUAAGGGAAACCGAAAAGUAUUCUUUUUCUUCGGUGCAAGUGUCGAAAUUAGGAUAAUCGAGGGUGCUGAUUUCGAAAAUGACAUUAAAUCUUUUGAUCCUUACUUUUUUCUUCAAGUAGCACUGUAAAGUAGUAAUUUUUUGAAUUUUUUUCACAAAUACUCGAUUUGGGGGGUUUCGAUCUUGCUGAUUUCGAAAAUCCUAUUCAAAUUUUUCUGAUUGAAAGCAGCAUCAUCGAAAACCCCCAAAUCGAAAAUUCAUGAAAAAACAAAAAAAUUACUACUUUACAGUACUACUUAAAGAAAAAAAUAAGGAUCAAAAAAUGAACGUCAUUUUCGAAAUCAGCACCCUCGAUUAUCCUAAUUUCGACACUUGCAUCGAAGAAAAAUAAUACUUUUCGGUUUCCACAAUCGUUCCAGUUCCGCACUGUGCAAUGAAACCACCGAAUUUAGAAAAAAACUUUUUUACCAGUAUGUUCGAAAAAUUUCAGGAAAACUGUCGAUCCUAAUCUUCUCCCUAGCCCAAUGUGCUGUGAUAAUGGGAGUCCUGAGUUCGUACCUCCUCUCCCACAUUAUAAAACCAUCAAAUCCGGUGCAAUUUUCGAACCUUAAGGAGAUGGUGAUUGCAAUGAAAGAAAACAGAGUUCAUAUCAUUGAAACCCAUCGAACACGGGUGGAAUCCGAGAUUAAGGGCAUUGGAAAGACUCUGGGAAUCAACAUGACCAAAGUGGCAGGGUAUAAUCCAAUACGAAUUUCAAAAAACACAAAAGAAGCGUUGGCAAUGUUACGAGAGCCGGGAUCCGUCAUUAUUCGAUAUGUAAGCGGUUCAAAUGCAACUAACGGGGCUCUGAAGGCCUUGAAAAAGCCUAUUCUUUCAUUUUACACUGCAAAAUCUGCAAUAAAAUUAGUUUAUCCAUCAAAAAAAUCUCGAAACCCCCAAUUUUCGCAAAAAAAUCGGAUUUUUCUCUUCCAGGACGACGAAGACAUGUAUUAUCAAGCCGUUGAGGACUGCGAUGUCAUCACAAAGGAAGAAGUUCUACCUCUAACCCAAUCUUCAUUCAUUUUCAACAAGGGUUUCCCACUUUUACCAGCGAUAAAUCGAGUAAUUCGAGAGGAAACGCUAGAAAUUCGAAGACUUCAAAAUAAAUACAAACGGAACUUCAAGGAAAAGAUCAGUUGCAAAGCUCCAGCGCCUCAGAAAACUGGCAAGCGGACAAUAAAACAUAUUUAA